AUGGACGCAUUCAAGCUCCUAACCAGGUCAACCAAGUUAAAGACCGGAGGCAGCGCAACUCCAUCAUCGGCAUCCGCGCGCCUCCCAUCAACAGGCAAAGCAGAGAACCCGCAGCUCUUCCGCAACGCAGAGGCUGAAAAGGUCCUGGAAGAAGCGAAAAACGGGAAGAAAAGGAAGAGGAGUCAGGAGCAGGUGCCUGAGAAAGAUGAUGAUGCGGAGUUGGACUUCUUCAGCGCGGGGAGUAAAAAAGCUUCCUCUGCUGCUGCUGUGAAAGAGCAGGCUGAGGAGGGCUCUGAGCAGGAAGGAGAUGAUGGAUCUGGUGAUGAGGAGGCGGGUGAUGGGAUGGAUGAGGUGCAGAGGAGGACUGUUUUGAAUGCGCAUAAGAUCAAGGUCACGGAUCUGCGCGACAUCGAGGAACUUCAACCGCAAACGCAAAGUCAAAGCGAGGAGCCGAAGAAGAAAAAGAAGAAGGCGAAGAAGGAGCAGGAAGCUGCUCCGGCUGCGCUGAGCAAGAAGGAACAGAAAAAGGCGCGCCGGUUGUUCCCACAGCCUCUUGUUUCGUUUAAAGAAUUGCGCUCGAGAUAUAAAAUUUCGAGCAGACUUGCGGAGAACAUCGCGGAGCAGGGGUUUACUGUUCCUACGGAGGUUCAGCUGGGGAGUUUGCCCUUGUUGCUGGGUGAGCCUACGGUUUCUCAGCAGUCGAAGGAAGAGGAGAAGGUUGAGCCUGAUCUUCUGGUUGUUGCACCGACAGGAAGUGGCAAGACCCUGGCAUUUUUGAUUCCGGUUAUUAACAAGAUCGUUUUGCACCAUCACCAGCAGCAAGAUGAGCGCGGGAUCUUGUCACUCGUUAUCGCGCCGACAAAGGAGCUCGCGGGACAAAUUGUGAACGAAGGAAGGAAACUGGUUGCGGGUACCGGUGUGAAGAUCACCAUGAUGAAGAAGGGCAUGCAGGUGGCGGAACACGGAGACGACGAUGAUAAGAAUGAUGAUAACCUUCUGGACGAAGACAGCGCAGAAUCUUCCGAAUCGGAAGAGGAUGACGAUAAGGCCAAGAAGAGCAAGAGCCAACAAAAAGCUCCUGUUACCAAGAGUGACAUUCUGGUAACCACCCCAUUGAUGUUCGUUAAUGCACUUUCGGCCAAUGGGACGAAGCCCUUGGCUACCUUGCCUUUGGUGAGAAGUCUCGUUUUUGACGAGGCAGAUGUCCUUCUGGAUCCCUUGUUCCGUGAGCAAACCCUCGAUAUCUGGCGUGCCUGCACACAUCCCGAGCUUCGUGUGAGCUUGUGGUCAGCGACUAUGGGAUCGAAUGUCGAAGAUCUCAGUAAAUCAAUAAUCAAAGAACGACAUGAGUCCGUCAGCAACAUCAAUUCAUCGCCAUUGCUUCGUCUCGUUGUUGGCCUGAAGGAUUCCGCCAUCCCCAACAUUCACCAUAAGCUUACUUACGCUGCAACGGAACAAGGAAAGCUGCUGGGACUAAGACAACUCCUGCAUCCCGCCGCAGCCUCAGCCUCGGACGUACGCCUUCGUCCUCCAUUCCUGAUCUUCACACAAACGAUUCCUCGAGCAGUUGCACUACACUCUGAACUACAAUACGAUAUCCCCACCGAGGCCGGUGGCUCCUCCCGUAUCGCCGUCCUCCACUCCGACCUAUCCGACACCCAACGAUCCGAAAUCAUGAAAGGCUUCCGCAAAGGCGAGAUCUGGAUCCUAGUCACAACCGACCUUCUAGCCCGAGGCGUCGACUUCCGCGGUAUCAACGGCGUCGUCAACUACGAUAUCCCCAACUCCGCAGCAGUAUACGUCCACCGCGUCGGACGGACCGGUCGAGCAGGAAGAGAAGGUGGUAUCGCAGUAACCUACUACACGAAAGAAGACAUCCCGUACGUCAAGAGUAUCGCCAACAUCAUCGAUGUCAGCGAAAAGCUACGCGGAAAGGAGGGCGAGAAGUCCGUGCAGAAAUGGCUGCUGGAUGCACUUCCGGACCUGAGCAAGAAGAAUAAGCAGGAGUUGAAGAAACACGGUGUCAAGGCAAGACAGUCGUCGCUUAAGGCUGUUAAGGAUGAUAAGGAGCACAGGAGGACGAGGAUUAGUACGAAGAGCGGUUUCGAGCGGCGACAGGAGAACAAGAAGAGAGAUAUUGUCAACGCCAGCCGUAACAGGAAAGCCAACGCCGCUAAGGAUGCUGGAAGCGAUGAAGAUUAG